AUGGUGUCCCGUGUCGGAUCCGUCCUCAGUCUCUUUGAACAAAACAUCCAACGAAACAACUUACACGUUCGUGAGAAAGAGUCGACCCUGUAUUUGACCGACCGACGGACACCCACGACGCCCUUGUCGCUCUCCCGGCGGAGCGACGCCACCGUCCGGAUCCGUCGGAGUAGUAUGCCGGGACGUCGGACCGAACCCACGUCGUGUCCGAGUCGAUCCAAACGACGCGUAGCAUCUCCGUGUGUACGGUCGUCUCUCUUCCGUGGCCCCGUGCCGUGUGAGUCGAUUCGACCCCCACCCUUGACAUCGUCGGACCAGCAGUUCCUAUCCGAAACCACCGUCCAUACUCGCAAUCAGAGUCACCCACGGUCCCCGACGCGGCGUGUGUCGAAUCGCAAAGCGUUGAGCCACGCCGAGACGGGAACUGUACCACAAGUACAGUCAUGCAGUCCAACCUCGUCAUCGACCUCGUCGUUGCAUCGGACGUCUCCCGCACGCCACCUCGUGACGGUCACGCCCGUCUCUCGCAAACCCAAGUUGCGGUCGGUACCGACAACGACAGAUCCCAAUAUGUGUGCUUCCCCGGCGACCGCAUCGUCGUCCACUACUGCCACUACCACUACCACCGCCUCUUCCACUACUUCCGGCGAAACGGUUGUGAUAAUAGCCGAUUCGGUAGAAACCUCGGUAUCCGACGGGACGUUGUGGGUGGUACCAACGACGCUUACGCCCGACGCGGCAACUCCCCCCACGCGUCCCGGACACUCCCCCGAACCCCGUCGGACGACGACCCUCACACGGACCGGACUCCCACCGGCAGACGCCCCAAGUCGGUCGCGGCGGACGUCACUCGAACAUCGUCGCUCACGUACGACCGCGAGUUCCACUCCGCCAGCACCAUCGCGUCGCGACGCACCGUACUCUGCCGUGGAUCAGGCCCGGAAACGUGCCCACAUUCGAGCCAAAAGUGCGAGACUCCAACGGGAUCUAGAACACUUGAUUGCCGAAGUCCACUCGUUCAAUCUCAUGACCCCGAAACGACGGCAAACUAUGGAUACAUGGUCGGAACAAAUCCGUGUCGUUGAGCGCUGCAUCGAGUCUCCUAUUCCCGAGGGACGACCCCUCCCACCACUCUUACGAGUACGGCAGGACCAGGCCAUGGCACGGAUACAAGCGUGUGCACGAACAUGGUUCCAGCAACGUGCCCGGGUACGAAACCAACGCGCCGCUACCCGCAUACAAGCCGCGGUGCGGGGAAUGCUGCUUCGGGGACAUGCCCGCCUCCGUGUCCUCCAAGCACGAUUGGCUUACGUUCAUCGGAUGCGUCACAAAGAAAUGUUGCUGGUGGAACUGAAUACACUGGAACAAAAAGAAGAAUACCGUCACAAAAUCAUCGAAAAGACCAAACGCCGAGACAAGCAACUCGGCGAAUUGAUCGACAGUCGUAACAAAAUUGUGGAGUAUUUGCGACAGGAGAAUCGCAAGAUCCGUGAUCAGAACAACAAAUUCGAGGCGGUCAUAUUCCGUCUCGGACAAAUGAACGAACAAGUGCAGUAUUCGACAGAAGUCCACAACGCCAACUUUCAAAUCAUGCGGAAGACCGUGAAAGUCUUGACACAACGAUCCCGAAAGCUGAUGGAAAAGGAAGAUCGCCACAAGAAACGUGUCGACAAGCAAGUGGCGAACUUGGCGGCAACACGAGCUCGUAGUAUGCACGAGACUCGGAUCCGCAAAACGUACGAAGCAGCACUCGGCAACAUCGUGGAUUGCUUUGAAAAUCAAUCCAAAGACGAGGGCCUCGUUGAUAUGGUGGUGGCCAUGAGCAAUGGUGAGUGUGAAGAGUAUAACUAUCAACACCAAAAAGCCUCGGAUGACGAACAAGAGGAAGGUUUUCUACUAACAUGGUGUAUCGAUGACGAGGCUUCCAUCAAUUCUGACAUAACUUCGGUUCACGGUCACCGUUCUGUCAUCGGAGAUGAUGACAGUUUUGAAGAGGAAGUGGUUGAUGACGACUGCAGCCAAGAGGUUGGUAUUGAGAUGACUCGUUUUGACGACGAUGACGGGACGUGUCAGUCGAGUGUCUGGAUAGAGACUCAUUCUAUUUUACUGUAA